UUGAAGAUGUCAGCAGACAUACCAUUAAAUAUUAAUAUCAAGGAGCCCCGAUGGGAUCAAAGCACUUUUGUUGGACGAGCCAGUCACUUCUUUACUGUAACAGACCCCCGGAAUAUUUUGUUAUCUGAUGCCCAACUGGAAAAUGCAAGAAAAAUUGUGCAUGAUUACAGACAAGGUAUCGUGGCACCUGGCUUGACAGAAGAUGACUUGUGGAGAGCAAAAUAUAUCUAUGAUUCAGCCUUUCACCCAGACACUGGUGAAAAGAUGGUCUUGAUUGGCCGGAUGUCAGCUCAGGUACCCAUGAACAUGACUAUCACAGGUUGUAUGAUGACCUUUUAUAGAACGACACCAGCGGUGGUUUUCUGGCAGUGGAUUAACCAGUCCUUCAAUGCUAUAGUAAAUUACACGAACAGGAGCGGUGAUGCCCCAAUUACUGUCAGCCAGCUGGGAACAGCCUAUGUUUCUGCUACCACGGGUGCUGUUGCAACAGCUUUAGGACUUAAUGCACUAACAAAGCAUGUCUCACCUCUUAUAGGACGGUUUGUUCCUUUUGCUGCUGUUGCUGCUGCUAACUGCAUUAAUAUUCCACUAAUGAGACAAAGGGAACUCAAGUUUGGAAUUCCUGUCACGGAUGAGAAUGGAAACAGACUGGGUGAAUCAACAAAGGCAGCUCAGCAGGCAAUUACCCAGGUGGUUAUAUCAAGGAUUCUUAUGGCUGCUCCUGGCAUGGCGAUUCCUCCCUUCAUAAUGAAUACAUUGGAAAAGAGAGCCUUUUUAAAGAGAUUUCCUUGGAUGAGUGCUCCCAUUCAAGUUGGAUUAGUUGGAUUCUGUCUUGUGUUUGCAACACCCCUGUGUUGUGCACUGUUUCCUCAAAAAAGUUCCAUGUCUGUAACACGCUUGGAGCCAGAGUUGCAAGCCAAGAUCCGAGAGAACAGCCCUGAACUAGAACAUGUGUACUUUAAUAAAGGAUUAUAAUUCAAGGAAGGGAAAAUAC